AGCUGCUGCUGCAGGACAACAGGUUGCUGGUUGGAGCACCUCGGGAGAAAGCUUUCCCAGCCCAGCAAGCUAACAGAACUGGAGGAUUAUAUAGGUGUGACAUUGUAUCAGAGACGUAUUGCACACGGGUCAUGUUUGAUGAGAAAACUGACCCAGAGAAGGAAAGUAAAGAAGACCAGUGGAUGGGUGUAACUGUCCGAAGCCAGGGACCAGGAGGGAAGGUGGUGACAUGUGCACACCGCUAUGAGAAAAGACAAUACGUGAACACUCUUCAGGAAACUCGUGAUAUCAUUGGAAGGUGCUAUGUGUUGAGCCAAAAUCUCAUGAUUGUGGAUGAUAUGGAUGGUGGAGAGUGGAGUUUCUGUGAUGGUCGAUUGCGAGGCCACGAGAAAUUUGGUUCAUGUCAGCAAGGUGUUGCUGCUACUUUCACCAGAGACUAUCAUUAUAUUGUAUUUGGUGCACCAGGCACUUAUAACUGGAAAGGGGUGGUUCGUGCAGAACAAAAGAACCAGACAUUUUAUGAGCUGGGUAUCUUUGAUGAUGGGCCUUAUGAAGUUGGUGAUGAGGCCUCCCGAGAUGAGAGUCUUGUUCCUGUUCCAGCUAACAGUUAUUUAGGUUUUUCUUUGGACUCUGGCAAAGGUAUUGUGUCUCAGGAGGAGAUAACUUUUGUGUCUGGUGCACCACGAGCCAACCACAGUGGGGCAGUUGUUUUGCUAAGAAGAGAUCCUAGUAUUCAGAGAGCGCUUUCACUUGUGCAUAUAUUUGAAGGAGAAGGGCUAGCUUCUUCGUUUGGCUAUGAUGUUGCAGUUGUGGAUCUCAAUAAGGAUGGUUGGCAAGAUAUUGUUGUUGGAGCCCCACAAUACUUCGAGAGAGAUGAAGAUAUUGGUGGUGCUGUGUACGUCUACAUUAAUCAGAACGGCAAUUGGGAAGGCGUGAAGCCAGUUCGCCUUAAUGGAACUACUGAUUCUAUGUUUGGUCUUGCUGUUGAAAAUAUUGGUGAUGUUAAUCAGGAUGGAUUCCCAGAUAUUGCAGUAGGGGCACCCUAUGAUGGUUCAGGCAAGGUGUAUAUAUACCAUGGAUCUAAGAAUGGAAUAAAUACAAAAGCAACACAGAUUCUUGAUGGUGAAAAAAAUAACAUUCAAUUCUUUGGUUAUUCUAUUGCUGGAAAUAUGGAUCUUGAUAGAAAUUCCUAUCCUGAUAUUGCUGUUGGGUCACUUUCAGAUUCUGUAUCUGUUUACAGGUCUCGGCCUGUUAUAAGCAUUAAGAAAACAGUUAAGAUAUUGCCUGACAAAAUUGACUUAAACAGAAAAACCUGCCGUGAACCAAGUGGAAUCUGCCUGAGUGUUGAAGCAUGUUUUGAAUAUACUGCUAACCCCCAAGAUUUCAAUCCAAAAAUAAAACUUAACUAUACUUUUGAAGCAGAAAAGGAUAGGAGGCGCUUAGGUCUACCUUCCAGAGUACAGUUUCCCAAUCAUCCAUCUGAUCAGCUUACUGGGAGUUUAAAACUACAAGGACAAAAUACAAGGGAGUGUGUGAAAACGUCUCUUGUGCUCCAGGAAAAUAUCAAAGAUAAACUACGUCCCAUUCCGCUGUCAGUUGAUGUUAAAAUCAGUGGCUCAGACUCUGGCUCUCAAUCCAGGAGAAGACAAGGAAGAGCACUUCCAGAUCUUCUUCCAGUUCUAAAUUCAAAUGAACCAGAAACAGUGAAUGCAGAAUUCUUAAAAGAAGGAUGUGGAGAAGAUAAUAUAUGCAAUAGCAAUCUAAAACUUCAGUACAGAUUCUGCACCAGAGAAGGAAAUGAAGACAGAUUUUCUUAUUUACCAAUUGAGAACAGUGUCCCAGUGCUUGUCCUGAAAGAUCAGAAAGAUAUUGCACUAGAAAUAACGGUGACAAAUAAUCCAUCAGAUACAAAAAAUCCCAAGAAAGAUGGUGAAGAUGCACACGAAGCUAAACUAACUGCAACUUUUCCAGACAGUUUGACUUACUCUACAUUUAGAGAGCUGAGGGCUUAUCCGGAAAAACAGUUAACUUGUGGUGCCAAUCAGAAUGGUUCUCGGGCAGAGUGUGAACUUGGAAAUCCUUUCAAAAGAAAUUCCAAUGUAACCUUUUACCUGGUUUUGAGUACAACUAAAGUUAAUGUUGACACAACUGACUUGGACAUUACGUUAGAGUUAGAAACAACAAGCAAUCAAGUUAAUUUGGCUCCAAUUACUGCUACUGCUAAAGUGGUUAUUCAGUUGCUUUUGUCAGUUACUGGAGUUGCGAAGCCUUCCCAGGUGUACUUUGGAGGUAACGUCAUUGGUGAGAGUGCUAUGAAAUCUGAGGAUGAUAUUGGAAAUCUAAUAGAAUAUGAGUUCAGAGUAACUAACCUGGGUAGACCACUUAAAACAUUUGGUACAGCUUCUUUGGACAUCCAGUGGCCUAAAGAAAUCGAUAAUGGCAAAUGGCUGCUUUAUUUGAUGAAAGUAGAAUCCAAAGAGUUGGGAAUAAUCCCUUGUGAACCUCGGAAUGAAAUAAACUAUUUGCAACUCAGAGAAUCCCAUAACUCAAGGAGAAAACGUGAGAUUGCAGAGAAGCAGAUUAAUGAUGGCAAGAAGUUUUCUUUGUUUCCAGAAAGAAAAUACAAAACUCUGGACUGUAAGGGGAGUGCACGCUGUGUGAACAUAAAGUGUCCAUUACAAGGCUUGGACAGCAAGGCAUUGGUCGUACUGCGUUCAAGACUGUGGAAUAGUACUUUUCUAGAGGAAUAUUCCAAGCUGAACUACCUCGACAUUGUUGUUAGGGCUACAAUCAGUAUUCCUGCUGCAGCAGAAAAUGUUAAGCUCACAAAUGAGACUGCUCAGGUACGUGUUACUGUCUUCCCUGCAAAGACAGUAGCACACUAUACAGGAGUGCCUUGGUGGAUCAUUUUAGUAGCUAUUCUUGCUGGAAUGCUGAUGCUUGCACUGUUGGUGUUUUUGCUAUGGAAGUGUGGAUUCUUCCAGCGCUCUAGGUACGAUGACAGCGUCCCCCGCUACCAUGCUGUUAGAAUUCGGAAAGAAGAGCGUCAGAUCAAAGAUGGAAAAUAUAAGGAUGAUCAUGAGAAAAAACAAUGGAUUACAAAAUGGAGUGAAAAUGAAAGUUACUCUUAGGGAAAACUUCAUCCCACCAAAUAUAUUUUAGUGUCUUCAUUAAUGAAAUACUGAUGGCUCAAGACCUACAUACAAUAUGGACCUGUAUUUUGAUUGUAGAUAUCGUUACUUAUUCUGAGGAUUUUGUUUUGCACAACUAAAAUGUUAAGACUGCUUGAACUGAUUUAUCUGCAUUAUUUAAAAUUGCCUCUAUGACUAACUCACAUUUUAUAAACAGCAUAUUGAACUGACUCUUCUAUGAAAUAUGCACAUCAGUGUACAAUAAGGACUUCAGCAUACUUGAAGUCAGUGAGUGUGCAAGGAAUGCAGGAUCAGAUGCAAAAUAUCACCUCCUUCCCCCUC